AUAUGCUACUCCGGAUCAGCGUGCUGUUCCUAUUGCUUGGCUCCUGUGGGGCUCUUUUUGGAAAACGUCAAAAAUGUGAGCAAAUCACAAUUCCUCUAUGCAAAGGUAUUGGCUACAAUAUGACAUCGUUCCCGAAUAGUUAUGGACAUGAAAAACAGGAAGAAGCCGGAUUGGAAGUUCAUCAAUUUUAUCCGCUGGUGGAGGUCGGUUGUUUCCAACAUCUCAAAUUCUUCCUCUGCACAAUGUACACCCCGAUCUGCCAGGAAAACUACGACAAACCAAUUCUCCCGUGCAUGGAACUUUGUGUGGAGGCACGCAGCAAGUGCAGUCCAAUAAUGGCCAAGUACGGAUUCAGAUGGCCCGAGACACUGUCUUGCGAGGCGCUGCCAAAGAUGUCGGAUCAGAUGUCGACUGGGAACAUCUGUGCAGCUCCACCAGAUACACCAAAGAAGCAGCACAAGGGGCAUCAUCAUAAGAAUCAGAACCAGAAUCAAAAUCAAAAUCAUAACUAUAGUCCAGAUGGCCCAGAAGUCGGAAUUUCCAAGAUCGACAAUGAAGUAAUAGCCGGUCCCAGCGAGUGUCAGUGCACUUGUAACCAACCGUUCCAGUUUGUGGCAUCUGAAAAGUCCAAAGUUGGAAAUGUAACAAAUUGCGCCUACUCAUGCCAUUCCCCAGCGUUGGCCGAGAGUCAUAGCCUGGUGAGCAACUGGAUGGCGUUCUGGAGCAUCACAUGCUGCGUGCUAGCCUCCUUCACAUUCCUCACAUUCCUUAUCGAGACCGAUCGAUUCCAAUACCCCGAACGUCCGAUCUUCAUGUUGGCAUUCUGUCAGCUCAUGGUUGCCGUCGGAUUCAUGAUUCGAUAUUUCGUGGGCCACGAGGAGAUCGCAUGCGACUCGAUGAGGAUUAAGGGGGCUGAUGAUAACUCUGGAUCCUUGUGCUUCGUCGUUUUCCUGCUCACCUAUUUCUUCGGAAUGGCUGCCUCGGUUUGGUGGGUGAUCCUUUCGCUAACCUGGGUGCUGUCGGCCGCUUCAAAGUGGUCCCCCGAAGCGAUUUCCUCGUUCUCAUUCCAUUUCCACGUGGUCGGAUGGUGCCUUCCCGCUAUUCAAACUGUAUUGGUAAUAGUUUUUAAUGCGAUCGAUGGUGAUCCGAUAACUGGAAUCUGCUACGUGGGAAAUACUGAUCUACAAUUCCAACGAAUCUUUGUGCUUUUCCCAUUGCUCGUAUAUUUCAUCGUUGGAGUUUUGUUCUUGGUAAUCGGAUUCUGCAAUUUGUGGAGUAUCAGAAACGAAGUACAAAAGCAACAUCCUUCACUGGAGAGUGCCCAUAAAAUCACGCAGUUGAUGAGCAAAAUCGGGAUUUUCUCAUUGCUCUACACAAUUCCAUCGUUAUUGAUUAUCUGUGUUCUAUUCUACGAGCAGAAUCAUCGAUCAUUAUGGGAGCAAUCGCAGUUGUGCUCAUGCUCGCCAAAGCAAACUAUCGGCGACUCCUCACUGAUCAUCUCCCUUAUCAAAACUUGCUGUAUGUGCAUUUUGGGAUGGACGUCCGGAUUUUGGGUGUGCAGCACCAAAACUCUAUCGUCGUGGAAAAAUGCUAUUUGCUGUUUGGGUUCCUCCCGAUCUUUACCCAAAUACCAACCGGCAGACAUACUUUACGCUAAAUCUGACAUGUCAUCCUCACAAUUCUACAACACAAGUCUCCGACACAACCAUCUUUACGGAGGCAUUCCUGACAAGCUGUAGUGCUCAAGAAAUGCAUAUUUAAUAUUUGUGAUCCCCGCACAUCUACCUCUUCAGGACCAACUUUCCACAAUACUUGUAGUCGUUAAAAUUAGUUUUUUCUCAUGAGCUUUUACCUCUUCUUUCUCACCAUCAUCAUCCCAUUGAUCUCAAGUUCCCGGCAUUCUUUCUCAGUUUUUUUAAAAGAAAAGUUUUUGCAAAUAAUUUUAAUAUCACAAAUUUAAUAACUAAAAACAAUGUUUUUGUAAUCUUAUUAGAGUGUUGUUUUUUGAAUACUGCCUGUUCCUCUUGUCGAGCUUUCGGAAUGUACAUACCUAAUAAAUAUUAUUUUAAUUGAUG